AUGGUCGAUGAGAACUGCACUGAGGUGAAAUGGGUCACCUUCUUGGGACUGACAGAGCACCCACAACUGAAGCUCGUCCUCUUCAUGCUCUUCCUGGGCACCUACGUGCUGUUGUUGGUGGGGAACAUCAGCCUGAUCGCCCUGAUCAGCGUCAGCCCCCGGCUUCACACCCCCAUGUACUUUUUCCUUUGUAACUUGUCCUUCAUAGACAUUUGCUACUCCUCCACAAUCAGCCCCAAAAUGCUGCUGGACCUUCCAGCAAAAACCAAAGUAAUUUCUUUUGUUAGCUGCCUCACGCAAUUUUAUUUCUAUACUAUUUUUGCUACAGCUGAGAUUUACCUGCUGGCUGCUAUGGCCUAUGACCGGUAUGUGGCCAUCUCCAAGCCUCUGCUCUACAAGACUGUCAUGUCUCCUUGCACCUGCAUGAGCCUGGUCAUUGGGUGCUACCUUGCAGGGACCCUGAAUGCCAGCGUGCACACAAGCGCCAUGCUCCGGCUGUCCUUCUGUGGUCCCCUGGUCAUCAACAACUUCUACUGUGACGGGCCACCGCUGUUUGUCGUCGCCUCCACCGACACACACCUCAAUGUCAUUUUAAUGUUUGUGUUUGUGGGUUUCAACAUGGCAGCCACCACCCUGCUCAUCCUCACCUCCUAUGCCUGCAUUGUGGUGGUGGUGGGCAGGAUGGGCUCUGCUGCGGGCAGGCCCAGAGCCUGCUCCACCUGUGCCUCCCACCUGACAGCUGUCAUCCUCUUCUAUGCAUCUGCUGCUUUUAAUUACAUGCAACCCACUUCAGCAAGCUCCCUGGGGAGCAAGAAAAUUGCAUCCAUCUUUUACACCAUUAUAGCCCCCAUGCUGAACCCCAUGAUUUACAGCCUGAGAAACAGGGAGGUGAAGCAUGCCUUUCACAGUUUCAUCAGGAGGAAAGUAUACUUCUGA